AUGGUGGACCCAAAUAGCAAGCCAGGAGCUCCCAAGCCCACGACUGUCCUCAAUCGACGCCGCCGAACAGUACCUACCGAUAGCUCAGUCCCUUUGUAUCAUCCUUCCAUUUUCCGCUACACAUGUCGAGGAAAGUUUAGUCUUGACUCCCGCGUUUCUUCUGCUGGAGUAUGCAAAGGCAUUCAGUCUAAGCUGGAGCAUGUCGAUCAUUGGCGCCUGACCACCAAGGAUGAGGCUAUCCGUGUCUUUGAGCACAAGAGUGGUGAGCACGAGGCACCUUCCAGAGGUCCCACCUUCGACCAGCAAGACAACAACACAGCAGCGGCUCAGUCACUGGAACUGGUAGACGUCUCGAAUGUAUUGGUGUAUCCUUCAAAUGAAAAAGAGGAGGGGAAAUCUUCACCAAAGGAUGGAAGGCAGGAAAAGUGGAGAUGCUACGGUUCUACAGAGGUUGAUUUGUUGGUCUUAAGGCCACAAGGCUCAAAGGAAGAAACAAUUGCAGCGAUUGCUCCAUACUGUGCACCAGGGUCUAGCGUACGUGAUGUUUCUAGUCCCUCAUUAGGAUUAGAUCGAACUACUACUAUUCGAUUGGGAGUAUUGGAAAUUCUGUAUCAAUCCUCCUUGGCGGAGGAUGACAACGAUGAUCCGAUUGCGGACGAUGAACGCAAGAAACCAGUCCCAGCGCAAACACAAGCUGCCAAUCCAGAUGCCCCUCGCUUUCCAAUCCGAUUUCUGAAUUCUGCAAAUACUGUAAUGAAGCAAAUGAAAAUCAAUGCACAUACGGUGUAUCAAGCGACGCAAGAAGACUUUCCUGAGCGCACCAUGAGUGCCAGCCGUCGGGUUGUCAAUGAAUUUGGCAAGACCAUUGACAGAACUACAUCGUUGAUGAAGCGGGUUAUUUUUUGGGACUGGGACAGUGAUUCCAAGGGACGGUGA